AUGUUCAUCAAGUAUUAUAAAGUAGUCCGACUUCUUCAAAGUAACAAUAGUUGUUUGCUUAAUUUUCACGCCGGUAGUUAUAGUCUAGUAUCUCAAAAAUGCACUCGUGUCUUAUUACAUACUUCUCGAGACUUUCGUCAAGCAAAUCAGGAGGAAGAAACAACAAAAAAGGAUAAAACGACGCGUUCUUUUACAGAAAGACUUAAAGAACGUCUUAAUAAUACCGAAGUGAAAUGGUACUCAAUUCCAGUAGGCGCUGGAAUUGCAGUUAUCGUCAUGGAAAACUUUUUGCAUCAUAUUAAAAAGUAUGAUGAAGAGCAGGAACGAAAGAAAAAUGCAACAAAAGAAGCAGUGGAUGAUUUGACAAAGCGUCCCGCCAUUAGUGGGCCUUGGCAGGUUCACGUUUUGGGAGCUCUUCCGCUUCGAGCUUUAUCUCGAUUGUGGGGUAGACUUAAUAAUGAAUUGACUUUGCCUGUUUGGUCACGGGAGCCUUUAUAUCGUCUAUAUAGUAGUGUGUUUGGCUGUGAUUUAAAGGAAAUGGAGGAGACAGAUCUUAAGAGAUAUCCGAAUUUAGGAUCAUUUUUUUAUAGAUCACUUAAACCUAGCUUGAGACCAAUUGAAAAUAAUCUUUUGGUGUCUCCCGCAGACGGUAAAAUGUUAAGCUUUGGCAUGAUCAAUGAAGGCAGAGUGGAGCAAGUAAAAGGAGUCACUUAUUCAUUAGAUGCUUUCUUGGGUCUUAAUAAACAGACUGAAAGGGUGACUUUUAUCACAAUUAACAGUGAUAUGACUUUGGUCGAUGAAAAAGAAUUUGCAAAUGUAAAUGGUAUUCAGUAUACAUUAGACACACUUUUAGGCGAUGAUCCAACUCAAGCUGUUCAACAACAAAGUGAAAUUGAUGAUGACUCGAUUGUAGCAUCAUUUCAGGAAGGGAAAAAUAACGAGAGUCGAGAAGCCAUAGUAUCAAAAAGUGUGCUCAAGUCCCCAUUGUACUCUGAAGAAACGCAAUAUCAGCAUCAUCAUAAUAAUCAUACAGUGCAUAAGGAAAAUGCUUUAUUCUUUUGUGUUAUAUAUUUGGCACCUGGAGAUUAUCAUCGAUUUCAUUCACCGACGAAUUGGGUCGUGGAAAUGCGACGACAUUUUGCUGGUGAACUUUUCUCUGUUUCUCCGUACAUGACCAAUUUGAUGCCUGAUUUAUUUGUGCUGAAUGAACGUGUUGUAUUAGUUGGACGAUGGAAGUAUGGUUUCUUUUCGAUGAUUCCUGUUGGUGCUACCAAUGUCGGCUCUAUAAAGAUUAAUUUCGAUCAGGCUCUUAGAACUAAUCGAAAAGAGGAUUUGGUGGUUGGAAAAUAUACCGAAGUGUCAUACCGAAAAGCUAGUAAGCUGUUGGGUGGUCAACCGCUAAAAGCUGGUGAUGAAAUGGGUGGAUUCGCAUUGGGCUCCACAAUCGUAUUGGUAUUUGAAGCACCCAUUCAAUUUGCUUUUUCCAUCGUUCCUGGACAAAAAGUUAAAUAUGGUCAAACUUUGGGCGAUUUAAUAUCAUGA